AUGGGGAGAAGGAAGCUUCAGCUGAAGCGAAUCGAAGACAAAAGUAAAAGACAGGUGACUUUUUUGAAGAGGAAAAAUGGUUUGAUCAAGAAAGCUGAAGAGCUUGCUGUUCUUUGUGAUGUAGAGCUUGCUCUCCUCAUCUUUUCCCCUACAGGAAAGCUUUAUCAGUUUUCCAGUGGAGAAAGUUUGAAAAAAAUUCUGGACCGCUACUUAGUUCAUGCAGGUGAAGAAGCUGCUGUUUGCAAUAGCGUCAAUGAAGCAAAGAUUCAUGAAGAAUUCAUGGAUAUUUGGAAAGGUACUAGCCUACAGGAAAUGGUUGAAAGACACACUGAAGGUCACAACAUUGAACACCUAAAUAUGACGCAACUCAUGCUGAUGGAGAAGCAAUUGGAUUCCAUAUUAAGACAAACAAGAAAUCGAAAGACACAGGUAAUGAUGGAUACUGUCGCUGCAUUGCAGGAAAAGGAGAAAGAACUGAGGCAAGAAAAUCAUAACAUAGACAAGGAGAUUGCAGCAAGAAUGGACAUGGAAGAUGGCGAAAGAGUGAACCAAGAACCUCAUUCUAGCAUCUACGAACCUCCACUCCAAAGGGGCUUGCUCCACUUGUUCUAG